CUUUUUGGGUGUGUAACUUGGUCUUUGAGAACUGAGAUAUUGGAGUAAACCAAGCGUAAAUUUUGUCCAGCCCCGGCCUAAGAUAUAUCUCCUCGAAGAAGCUGGUCAUCACCUGUGACCCCCUAUUACCUUUUUAAGAUUUGCAUGUAUGAAACAAGAUGAAUGCAACGAGGCCUGGACUCGUCCACGCCGCCGGCCAGGACCUCAACAGCAUGACGGUGGCGCAGCGCUACGCGCUCAUGAAGGCCAACGUCGACGGCCUAAAGCCGCUCCAGGUCGGCAUCGCCGUCUGCGACCACGAAGGCCAGCAGGUCGCCUGGGAGUUCAACCUCUGCGACUUCUGCCGCCUCGCCGACCCGCACGACCAAAAGGCCCUCGACUACCUUGCCGACCGCGGCGUCGACCUCGACAUGCUCGGCGCGCUGCUCAUGGGCUCCAGCCUCAUUGGCGCCGGACAUGGGCGGCCGCUGUCGUGGAUCACCUACGCCGGUGCCUACUACGCAGCAUACCUGCUCAAGAUUGUCACGGGCGGCGCCCCGCUACGUACCGCACGACGUGGCCGGGUCUACGACGUUGCCACGAUGGCGGCCGGCUGCCCGGGCAUGCCGGUGGGGCUGGACUGCAUCGCCGCUAGCCUGCGCAUCCAUCCGCCGUGGGGGAGCCCUCGUCUCGCAGGCGCCGCUGGCGUGCGCGCGCUUCUGGCCUUCAGGAUUUGGAAGCACGGGGAGUUCGGCGGCAACGUGGAGAGGUUCCGAGGUCUGCUUCAGGGCCUGCAGUAG